AUGCAGUCCCGACUCACCCUCCUCCUCCUCCUUGGUUCUUCCGCCUACGCUCAGACCGUCCACGAAGUCGUUGCCACAGAUGGCGUGGAAUUCGAGCCAAACUCGCUCUCCGACGUGGCAGCAGGAGACAUGAUCAAAGUGACUUUUAGCAAAGUCAAUCAUCAUGAUAUUGUCUCUGGAUCGUGGGCAUCGCCUUGCGAAUUCAAUAGCGCUGUCGGUCUCAACUCUGGUGUCUACAGCAAUGGAGAAGUCUUUGAGUUCACCGUGAACUCUACAGAUCCUCAGAUUUUCUUCUGUGCCGUCGGACCUCAUUGCCAGUUGGGAAUGUCUCUUGCUGUCAAUCCCAGCGGCGACGAAACCAUCGAAGCCUACCAAACCGCAUCCAAAGGCAAAGAAGCCACAGGCCCAACUUCUGAAGGUCCCGUAGGAGGUACACUAGUGGGAACCAUGACAACAGCCUCCUCCAACGACGACCCUGCAAACUCCACCACCACCACUACCAAUACCACGGAAUCCACUAAUACUACCGAAUCAUCCAACACUACCAAUACGACAAGUAGUCCAACUCCUACUGCCUCGAGCUCUGGAGCUGCUGCUGGAUUCGGUGCUAGUGUGGCGAUGAUUGGUGCACUUGUUGUUGGCGCUAUGGCGUUUGUUAUGUAG